AUGUCUCCAAUUGCUUUUGAUACGUCUGCAAAUGAUACAAGCUUAUUCAACACUGAUGAACUCAUUAAUUAUGCGACUAAAGAAACAGUAAAAUCUUUUUUAAUCCAAGAGGAGCAGCCGCAGCACAUUCAACAGGAACACCCUAAACACCAAGUACCACAGCAAGAAGAUAACGAAGCCAAUAAAGAAUGUGCGACGAAUAUAAAUGAUAUAGAAAAAACUACUGAUUCACAUAAUUCAGAAGAAAAAUUGUUAAAAGAAAAUGAGGACUAUGAAACGGUUUCGAGAGCUGUUAAUGUUUUAAAAUUCCAAUUGCAACAAGUAAAAGAAGACAUUUGCAAGUUGAAAUCGAUGAAGGAAAAGGCCUUAAAAGACCCAAUCCAAUUUGUCGAAGAUUUACGAAAUGGGACUAACGAAAAGGUUCCUAAAAGGCAAUUUAUAUUUGGAGCCCCAACAAUUGAUUGGAGCAAAUAUCAUACCACCCCUUCAAAGUACAAAGCACGUAUAGAUCAAGAGAAAAUGAAAAAUUCCAAGGAUCGGGUAAACACACCACCCUCAAGUGAUAAUUCACGAUCUGGCUCACCGGACAUUGUUGAAUUUGUGCACAAAAGAGCUCAGGAACUUGGUUUCAAAGUCCCCUCAAACGCGAUAAAAUCAACGCGUUCUAAGAAAAAAAGGAUCAAUCUAAAUAGUGAUGAUGAAAGUACAUUCACAAUCCCAUCGAGAACAUAUAUAAAUGCGCAAAGGUCAACACUGCCGAAAUCAAGAAAGAAAGAAAUGUCAAUUCGGACCGCACCGACUAAAGCACGGAGCUUAAUUUCUAAUUGUUCUACAAGACAAGAUAUGAUUGCCAAAAACACAAAUUAUUCAAGUAAUUCCAUACAUACGAAUCGGAAGAAUAAUUUAGAAAAGAACUCCGAAGCAGGUAAAAAAUAUCUUUGGAACUAUGACGAGUGCGAUAAGUGUCAACGGCAUUUUAUUGCAAAUCAAUCAUAUUUGAAUUUAUUCAUAAAUUCAGGGUACAAAAUAUUUUGCAAAAAAUUGGCAAAAUAUGGAAUACUUGUUCCUGGACGGAUACCUAGUGUUUCAUCUGCGAAAUCUUCGUCAAAAAAUAUUUUAUCAAAGGAUAAAAAAUCGGGCAGAAUAUCCAAGUCAGAUUCAUCUAAGCUUCCUCCAGAAAAAAGACCUCGACGACCACGUGUAUCCGGAAUAGCCUAUAUGGAAGCACGACCUCCACCUACUUUAUAUAUGCCUGAUGAUGAUGAUGAGACUAUCAUAAAGGAAGUAAUGCUGUCAAUGGAUAAAUUAGGCAAUGAACCCAAGUGUGAUGGUUGUCGUAUGGAUCCAAUACUUGGUACACGCUUUCUUUGUAUGAAUUGUGAUGAGAGUCGGGAAGUGGAUCUUUGUGAAAACUGUAUGAUCGAGGGAAAAUUUGAGAAUGGUAUAAUUUGA